AUGUGUGGAUAUGUGUGGAUAUGUGUGGAUGUGUGUGUGGAUGUGUGUGGAUGUGUGGAUGUGUGUGUGGAUGUGUGUGGAUGUGCGGAUGUGUGUGUGGAUGUGUGGAUGUGUGGAUGUGAGUGGAUAUGUGUGGAUGUGUGUGUGGAUGUGUGUGGAUGUGCGGAUGUGUGUGUGGAUGUGUGUGGAUGUGCGGAUGUGUGUGUGUGGAUGUGUGGGGAUGUGUGGAUGUGUGUGGAAUAUGUAUGGAUGUGUGGAUGUGUGGGUAUGUGUGGAUAUGUGUGGAUGUGGCGUGUGAAUGUGUGGGUAUGUGAAUGUGUAAAUGUGUGA